AUGGCUGGUAGACUCUCCAGAACAGAAAUAGAAGAACUACAGGCCAUAGUUGAGAGAGGAAACCUCAUGGCAGCAGCUGCUAAACUUCAGGAGAAGCUAAAGUCAUUAGAAAACACCCCACUGGAUAUCGCCAUCACAGGACCAUCAGGUUCAGGGAAAUCAUCCUUCGUCAAUGCCAUCCUGGGCCUGCAUGAUGAUGAUGAAGGUGCUGCUGAGACUGGAGUAACCCAAAAAACGAUGAAGCCAAAUGCUUACCCACACCCCAAACUCUCAAGUGUAACAAUAUGGGACCUGCCAGGAAUUGGGACACCGAACUUUCAGCCAGACAAAUAUCUCAAGCAGGUAAAUUUCAACAACUAUGACUUCUUCAUCAUCAUGGCCUCAGAGCGCUUCACUUCCCACCACACCAACCUCGCCCAGGAGAUUCAGAAGAUGGGGAAGAGGUUUUACUACGUGCGCUCCAAAGUGGAUGCUGACUUGAAUGCUGAAAGAAGGAAAAGGCAUUUCAGCAAGGAGAAAACCCUGCAUAAGAUAAGGGAGGACUGCAUAGAGAACCUGAGAGCAGUGGGUGAGGCCUCCCCACAGGUUUUCCUGCUUUGCAACUGGGAACUGGCUGACUAUGAUUUCCAGCUCCUGCAGGAGACACUGGAGAAUGAGCUGGAGGCACAGAAGAGACACGUGUUCAUCCUGGCCAUGCCCAACAUCUCGGCAAAGAUCCUGGAGAAGAAAAAGGCUGCACUGCAGGAGCAUAUUUGGGAAGCGGCCAUUGUGUCAUGUGUUAUUGGUGCUGUUCCUGUUCCAGGCCUCUCUCUCGUCUGUGAUGUAGCCCUCUUGGUGUCUCACAUGAUUCUUUACAGUGUGGCCUUUGGCUUGGAUGACGAGUCUCUCACUAGACUGGCUGAGCAGGUUGACAAGCCUGUUGCAGAGCUGAAAUCUGCUAUCAUAAAGUCUCCACUGGCCUCAGAAAUAACACACAACUUUGCACUGACUCUGCUUUCCAGAUCUGCAUGUGGUGCACUGAUGGUAGCUGAAUUUCUUCUGAAGUUUAUCCCUGCCCUUGGCUCACUAGCAGGUGGAGGAAUUUCUCUUGUGACCACACGCUACAUGCUAAAGAACUUUCUGGAUGAGGCUGCAGAAGAUGCUCAGAAAGUUCUGGCCAAGGCUCUUGAACCCAAAGCUAAAGAGUUCAAAUAA